AUGUACGAAAAUAGUUAUAUCAAUCAAAUGAACCAAGAAGCGGAAUCAUAUAGCAGAAUAAACGGGUGGUCACUGCCCAUUCAUCCUCUACAGUGUCUUUCUUGGUUUGCCACAGCUUUGUUCUCAUUGGCGUAUUUUGGAAUUCUUGUUCCAGCUGUUAUCGAGAAAGCUAGAAUCACUCUUAUGGUUAUAAAUGCUGUAAGCAUUGCUGCUUACGUUGUUCUUAACAUUGCUGCGGUUAGUAUUAAUCCUGCAGAUGUAGCCGUUAGAGAAAAACAGAAGUUACGCGGACAGAGGGUGCCUUCUCUGGAUCCAAGACACACACAUGUGAUUGAAAAUUUUUACUGUAAUUUGUGUGACCUACCUAUUUCUAGUUCGCGUACAAAACAUUGUAAAAGUUGUAACAAAUGUAUCGCUAAUUUUGAUCAUCAUUGUAAAUGGCUUAACAAUUGUGUAGGUAGUCGUAAUUAUGCGUGUUUCGCUGGAAUCAUUACUACAGCUUGUCUAUCACUUAGUAUAUCCACUAGUCUUUCCAUUUCCUUGAGUAUAGCAUUCUAUUCAGAUCGUCAGCAUGGAAACUGGAUUCAAGCUUACCAUGAUUACUGGCAAACAUUUAGUAAUGGAACAAUUGAGCAUUUGAAUUACUUAACAGCCAACAAUAGCAUUUUCCAGAUAUUCGGCUUGAGUGUUUCCGGUACAGUUUUUCUCGUCAUUGUUAUUGUGGGAUGUAUACUCACCUUCUCGAUCGAUGCCUUUUUAUUGCAUCUAAUGAUUUUCCAUAUUUAUCUACAUAUAAAAGGUAUGACAACAUAUGAAUUUAUCGUAGCCCAGCGUCAAAAGUCGAACUCAUCCUCUGAAGAACAAAAAUCAGGAGUAGUAGAUUAUAAAAAGAAAGGAUAUUAUUUUAAAUUUGAAUUAAAUAAUUGUUGUGAAAAAGGUGGAAAUGAAAGUAAAAGUAAAGAGGAUGUAUCAAAUAAACAAUCCAAUGGAACAAUGUCUAUAUGUAGUCAUGUAAAAAAUUCUUCAGAUUCUCAACAAAAAUCCUAUGAACUUCCAGUAAUGGCUGGUGAUUUAGCUAAUCUGCGGAAUAUUUGUUCAAUUAGACGACCGUCUAUUUCAAGUAAUAAAGUAUAUCCGUAUAAAGAAGAAUGUCAUGGACCAAUAACUCAUGUUAAUAUUAAUAAAGAAAGUACAGGAGAAAAUCCAGAGUAUUCCUCUUCUAUAGUUACUUGUACACAUGAGAAUAAAGUAACAGGAAAAAAUUUGACUGUACCACUUGGUGUAAAUAAAUCUAACCCAACAAGUCUAGGUGUUAUAUUAAAAGAUUUACAAAGACAUGAAACUGGUGAUGUAAUGGUUACCGAUGACGCAGCCGCACAGGAAAAUAACAUGAAUUUAACUAAACCAAGCGGAGAAGAUACAUCAUCGGAACAAAUAACAGAAAAUGCAAUCACACGGUCUAACAGUACAGUGUCAACGAAUACGCUUAAUGCAGAUGAUAGAGACUCAGUAAUAUCUAAAAUACAGAUAUCGUCACCAUCCCGUUGUGACUAG